CGGGUUUAGUGCUCCCACAGAAGGCAGCCCGAGUGUUUCUUCAGAGAAGGCAGCCCGAGUGUUUCUUCAGAGAAGGCAGCCAGAGUGUGAGGCAUGACAGCCUCUCGCGGGGUGGGAGACUUGCUGGCCAUGGAGGGCAGCCAUCCUGACCACGUUAUAACUUUCGACAAGAGCAAGGGUUGCUACGUGAGCCGUAGCGUUGGUGUGCUCUUAGGCGUCUUCUUCGUCAGUGCUCUGGUAGUCACGGGGCUCCUAGUCUUUUACUACGCCCCUCAGAAGAGAGACCUCCACCACGAGUCUCUCUUGCUCUCCAGCACUCAGGUAACACAGUCAACAGAGAGGAAACCCAUUAUGGGUAGGAGGCGGAGCAGCAAUUCCACCAAGAUACCUGCGUCUGCCAGGUCCAACGGCACCAACAAACGCCUUGCAGGUAGCAGAACCAAGGUUACCAGUACCACGAGGGCACCCACCAUACUCCUUAACACCACUACAGAGGCGCCUUUACACGAAGAGAUGAAUGUACGUCUUCCGAGAGCACUGAAGCCCCUCCAUUACCUGGUCAAACUUCAGCCUUUCAUCAGCGGAAACUUCAGCAUCUUGGGCUACGUGGAGGUGGAGAUGGAGGUACUGGAGCCAACCUUCAAUAUCACUCUCCACAUCGCAGAUAUCAUCACCAAGAAUGAAACUAUAAGGGUGGCUGCAGUGGGUGAUUUAGAAGGUCUUGGUUUAAAGGUGAGAAAACAUGAGUACGACCCUGAGCGACAGUUCUACGUGGCCCACCUGGAGGAGGCGCUGCAGCAGAGCCACAAGUAUGUCCUCUCUAUGGAGUUCCUGGGUUACCUCAAUGACCAGCUUCACGGCUUCUACCGUUCCAAUUACAGGGAUGCUGAUGGUACCGAGAAGACUCUGGCAGUGACACAGUUCCAGGCGACGGACGCUCGUCGAGCCUUCCCUUGCUUUGACGAGCCGAGUCUGAAGGCUACCUUUGAGGUGUACCUGGCCCGCACCACCAACAUGUCCUCUAUAUCAAACAUGCCCAUCAUUGAGACUAUACCUAUGGAGGAGGAGGGAUGGGUCUGGGACCACUAUGAUACCAGUGUACCCAUGUCAACCUAUCUGGUCGCCUUCGUGGUGUCAGACUUUGCCAGCCUCACUACUACCACUGCCAACAACCACACUGUCUUCAGAGUGUGGGCACGGGAGCCGGCGCUGCAGCAGGCUGAGUACUCCAGGCUGGUUGGACCACCCAUUCUCACCCACUUCGAGGAUUACUUCAACCAGUCUUAUCCACUUCCCAAGCAGGAUAUGAUCGCUAUUCCUGACUUCUCUGCCGGAGCCAUGGAGAACUGGGGCCUCAUAACUUACAGGGAGACGGCAAUGUUGUAUGACCCCAGGGUGUCUGCAGCCUCCAACAAGCAGUAUGUGGUGGCAGUGGUCGCUCACGAGCUGGCUCACCAGUGGUUCGGAAACCUCGUCACCCCGCGCUGGUGGACCGACCUCUGGCUCAACGAGGGCUUCGCUUCCUACGUUGAGUACAUCGGUAUCAACCAUGUGGAACCCACGUGGCAAGUGAUGGAACAGUUUGUGCUCAAUGAAGUACAGGUGGUGUUCAGUCUGGACAGCCUCGAGUCGUCACAUCCCAUAAGUAUACCCGUUGUACACCCUGACGAGAUCAGUGAACUCUUUGACAGGAUCUCCUAUGCAAAAGGAGCGUCCAUAAUCCGCAUGAUGAACCACUUCCUGACGGAGGACACCUUCAGGAAGGGGCUGAGCACCUACCUUGAUGCCUUCAAGUAUGGGAACGCUGAACAAGAUGAUCUGUGGGAACACCUUACACAGGCGGCUCACCAGGACGGCACGUUACCCCUCGAUCUCACUGUCAAGACCAUCAUGGACACCUGGACCUUGCAGAUGGGUUAUCCUGUCAUCACAGUGGAGAGAAGUCCAGACGGUACCUCCGCUUCUGUCUCUCAGGAGCGGUUCCUCUUAGUUAAGGAAGGUGACUUUAAGUCUUCCGAGGAGUAUAAGUGGUGGGUGCCACUGACCUACACAGGUGGAGACGAUCCCAACUUUAACGAGACUCGGGCCAAGGUCUGGAUGAAGGAUACGGAGACACUCAUCACCAUCCAGUCCCUGCCCACCAAGGACCACUGGGUCAUCUUCAACCUGCAGGAGACGGGUUACUACAGAGUUAACUACGACAACCACAACUGGAACUUGCUCAUCCAACAACUGCUAACAGACCACACGGUCAUCGCUACCAUCAACAGAGCUCAAAUCAUCGACGACGCCAUGAACCUUGCUCGAGCAGAUCAGGUGGCUUAUGACACGGCUCUGGAGGUGUACAACUACCUGGGUCAGGAGACUGAGUAUGUGCCCUGGGCCACCGCUAUCAACAACCUGGCCUACCUUAAGGACAUGUUCUCUCGUACUGGAGGUUAUGGAGCGCUCAAGAACUACCUGCUGGAUAUACUGGUGCCACUCUACAACAUGCUGGGCUUCAUCGACAGUCAGAGUGAUCCACUGCUCGACCAGUAUAAGCGACAGAAGGCGCUCACCUGGGCCUGUGAACUGGAACACCAAGACUGUCUUCAGAAUGCUGCUGCCAUCUACGCCCACUGGAUGAACAACCCUGAUAAUAGCAGUAUCAUCUCGCCCAACCUCAAGUCGACGGUGUACUGCCACGCCAUCAGUGUGGGAGGGGAGAAGGAGUGGAACUUUGCGUGGAACAAGUACCUGAAGAGUAAUGUCGGUUCAGAGAAGAUCCGCCUCCUGUCUGCCAUGGGCUGCACCAAGCAAGUCUGGAUACUGUCAAGGUACCUGGAGAUAGCCUUCAGUCCAGACAGCGGCAUCAGGAAACAGGACGCCUUCAGAGUGUUCGGUGCCGUGGCUGCCAACGAGGUGGGGAGGCCUUUGGCCUGGACCUUCCUGCAGGAUCAGUGGGACACUAUCUUUGAGUUCUAUGGAAAGGCCAAGUCCAGGUUGAUAAAGUCCGCCACCAGCUCCUUCAACAGCGUCCAGCAGCUUAAGGAGCUACGCUUGUUCCGUCGAGAACACUUGCAAGAUUUGGAGUCAGUGUCCAGGUCAGUUCAGCAGGUAAUAGAGCGCACCAAGAUCAACAUAGCCUGGAUGACCAGCAACUACCAGGUGAUCGUAAAUUGGCUUCACAAGAACGGCUACUCCACAAAGCUCAGCAAUGCUUAGACGUGAACUAGUGAACGUGUUGCUCAUCUACUCGUACGAACGCGAAGGAGGGAACUACCUAAUUACUUCCUUUACCGAAGUGUCCAGGAGAGUUUUAAGUUGCUGAAAAGUUCACCGGGACGCAGGUGAACUCUGAGAGGCUCAGCAAUUCUGCUGACCAUAUAUAAAAGCAUCAGGUUGCACACACAAAUGCGUUCAGCUUCCAGAUUCUCUCCUGCAGUAUACAUUUUGUAAUAUAUUCAUUUAUGUUUACCGGACCUCAAAAUUAUGGAUUAAAAGUUAAAUAUUUGUGUAUAUCAGCUAAAAUAUUUUUAAAAUAACCUCUAAAUUUGCAAAAUAUCAAUAUUUGAGACCUAUAUUUUCCAGAUGUUUUGGCUACUACUAUAGUCUUAAAGAUGAACCGUAAGGGAUCUGAUCAGGUGUGAAACAAAUAUUCAGAUACUCUGAAGUCUCCCAAGAUAAUGCAAAUGCUUAAAAAUGGACCCUUUCAGAACUACUAAAAUCCUAGUCAAUUUAUAGUCUUUCAGACUAUACUUUCCUAAGGGUACUAAAUUAUUCCAGUUGCUUUUAGAAGAAGCGUAUUUUUUUUUAGUGCAUUUGGGUUAUAACCUGGAAAGAUCCAGGGUUUAAGCUUUAAAGUAAAAAGCGCCAAGAGUCUUAAGAAUAUAAAGAAGAAAUAUUGAGUCAUAGACUAUAUUUUAAAACUCUUGCUCUAGAUAUUGUGAUAAGCGGUGGCUCCUGGCAUGGGCACCAUCUUGAGGACCCAAAACUUAGCAAGUUCUUGGCUCUGAAGUACUGGGACUAUUAAGGCUUUUAAAGUAAGUGCAGUGUCGUGAAGAUUAAAAUUAAUUCUUACAGCCGUUGAUCUUUGGUCAUGGAGACACUCUUAGGAUCAUGAUUCUAAAGAGAUUGAUUAUGAUAAUAUAAUUAAGUAGAUUGAUAAUAGUAGAUCUUAAAGCUUGCAGUUCACAUACUAGUAGGCCUUUAAUAAAUCAGUGUUGAUGAUAGUACGCUCUAGAUUUGAAAUUCCAGAAAAUAGUAGGUCCUAUAUCUUAGUUCUUUUGACAGUAGGCUGGACAUUGCAUUACAGUAGUGAUGUGAACUUGAAGAGCCGGUAAGAGCAAGUCCAUGAUCUAGAAGUUCAGAUAGGAGACCCUCAGUUCCGGAAUCUAGUAAUGAGGAGAGACUGGAAGUACUGAUAACAAUAGGCCAAUUAUCUUUAAUGUCCUACCGUUAAUCAGAAUUAAUCUCGAAAUCCAGAUAAAACGUCCCCCGAAGUUGAGAGCUAUAGUAAAAAUUAAUUUCAAAACCAUAACCCCGCAGUUUCAGUAGCCUUUAAAGAUGUGAUCUCUUGUUUUAAGAGCCUUAUCGGCAUGACCUCUGUUUCAAUAACUUAAGAAAAAUGACUUCCAGACAGCCUUAGGCUCUUAAUACUGACGUAUAGAAAUAAAAUUUAUGAUACAGAAACCCUUAAUUUAGAAGUAAAAUGACUGUCCAUGAUCUUUCAGUAAAUGACAAUUUACUUUACCCCUUUAAUUAAUGAUAAGUCCUACAGCUUCACUAAAUCAUUCAGAUUGUUAUAGUCUGUUCUUAAUUGACAAACUUUACGUUCUUUAUUUUGAACAGACAAUAGUGUCAUCCCUUUAAACUGAGCCAUCAUAACGUUUAUGCACUCAGAAAUCUACAUAUGCCUAAUUUACUUGAUCUAUGAUUUAGAAAUUUAAAUAUUCUUUACAUUAAUGAUAAUCAAGACUGGUGGUGUGGUGUCCAGAUGAAAUAUAGCCUCGAUUCUCUCGACUUGAUAAGCUGUAACAUACGAAACUAAUCUGAUAACUGAGUCACUCUGGUCUUUGGGCUGUUGAAUCUCAUUUAUCCUCCAGUCUCAGACUCGGCAUCCUAUGACAGAGUUAUUUUAGUUUACUGUUUAUACGCAUUAUGAAUACUCUAGUAAAGAUCCAAUGAGUGAGUUAUAUAUUUCACGUAUUUGUUAAUUUGAUAAAUAUCUUUCAUAUUUGCAUAAAUCAGUGCUAGGAUAGGAAGUCUGGUACAGAGAACUGGCAUACCUUCUGCAAUAAAGAUGAGAUUUACCUAGUCUGUUGCAGAUGAAAUUAGCUAGUUUUAGUUUAUAUAAAGUAUUUUAAUUUUACAAAUAUACCAAUUACAACCUU